GGGAAUUGCUGAAAUACUUGUAUCGCCACUCUGGCUUUUGUAAAAAGAACUUUGUCGUCGAGCCUACCAGGUAGACUUAAUCGACUUUCGCAAAAGACCACAUUGUUCCAUCAACAUUCCAUCAUGGCCGGAGACGAGCAAAAGAACAUUGUGAUUAUUGGAGGUGGUAUCAUCGGCGCCACCUCUGCAUACUUCCUCACACAUCACCCCUCAUACAACCCGGAAAAACACAAGGUCAUCCUGCUGGAAGCGACGAAAAUUGCUGGCGGCGCAAGUGGCAAAGCAGGUGGCCUGUUGGCUCUGUGGGCCUAUCCGUCAUCUAUUGUGCCUCUUUCCUACAAGCUGCACAAGCAGUUGGCCGACAAAUAUGGCGGCGACGAACGCUGGGGUUACAGGCAGGUCCAUUGCGGGUCAGUAGACUGCAAGGGUCGUCAACUCACCGCCAAGGAUUCAGUCAAGGGCAAGGACAACGAGAUGGACGGAAAGAACGACCGACCUGCAGACCGAGAGAAGAACAGCGUCAGUCUUGAAAAGAAUCCGCCAAAGGUUUCCGCAAAAUUGGCAGCCAGAGGUAUACCAAAGGACCUGGACUGGGUUCACCCGGAUUGCUUGAGAAUGUACGACGAGAUGGGCGAUCCCAGCACGACCUCGCAAGUACACCCUUAUCAGUUCACUACCUCUAUGGCCGACUUAGCCGCCGAGAAGGGUGCGGAUAUUCGUGUUGGUGCUGCAGUCAAGAGCAUUAACCGUACUAAGGACGGCAAGGGUGUUGAGAGUGUAACAUACGAGGACAAGAAUGACAACAAUAAGGAGGUCACUAUCUCUGCAACAGAUGUCGUUAUCUCUGCCGGCCCCUGGACGAAGACCGUCUAUCCUGACGCUCCUAUCUCGGCUACUCGAGCUCACAGUGUUACUAUUCGUCCUACUCGCGAGAUCAGCGCAUACGCCCUAUUCACCGAGAUCAAACUACCAGCUGGCUUUAAGAAGUCCUCUCGCGAACAGCACGUCUCUCCAGAGAUCUAUACACGCCCAAAGAACGAGGUCUACGCAUGUGGUGAAGGAGAUCAUAUGGUGCCAUUACCUAAGUCGUCCGACCUUGUCGAGGUAGAUGAACAAAGAUGCCAGGAUGUAGUCGAUUAUGUCAGCUCAAUCAGUGACGAGCUACGAGACGGAGAAGUUACUGCAAGACAGGCGUGCUAUCUUCCUAACGUUCAAGGUGGAAAUGGGCCCCUGAUUGGUCAAACUGGCGUCAAAGGACUGCUGAUAGCCGCUGGUCACACUUGCUGGGGCAUCCAAAACGGUCCAGGAACUGGCAAGCUUAUCUCAGAAUUUGUCUUUGAUGGUGCUGCUAAGUCGGCUAAGAUCUCUAGUUUGGAUCCUCGCAUGGUGCUCUAAAGGAGAGCCGAUACCAAGGACAUGAAGCUCUCUAGCAGAGCGCAGAUUGCCUACUCCGAGCACAAACGCUGUGAUGAAUUUAGCCAUGGAAACGCAUGAAAAUGUUGCAAUUCAGCAGCUUGAUAAUGAGAGAACCAGAGAGUGAGACUCUCAGUUGACACUUCUCCAUUUCCCUGAAUCUCUGUGCCCUUUUUUUUUAGCUAGCCACAGUGACCAUGGUCAGUCUUGGGAGACAUGUGCUGGAAGAGGAACCCUCGUUCUUGCUUUUGGGAGUCGAGCAAGCGUCCAUAAAGCAUCUCGUACCGCGUUCAAACGGUCAAGUACGGAAGAGUUGAAUCUCGUCCUCUCAGAUCAGCAAACCCCAGUUCGAUUCCAUCUUGACUCACCAAUCCAAGCACCUGCCAAAUAAGCUUCAUACCGCCAAUCUGUACGUAGC